UGGAAUAAAAGUCCUCAACUACAAAUGAGUAACAUUUAUAUCCAAGAACCUCCAACAAAUGGCAAGAUUUUGCUCUACACGACGUGUGGAGAGAUUGAAGUCGAAUUGUGGUCGAAGGAAACGCCCAAGACGUGUCGAAAUUUUGUUCAGCUCUGUCUCGAAGGCUACUAUGAUGGCACUAUUUUUCACAGAAUCGUCGCUGGGUUUAUUAUUCAAGGUGGUGACCCAACUGGGACUGGAGAAGGAGGAGAGUCGAUCUACGGUCCGUCGUUUAGAGACGAGUUUCAUCAGAGAUUGAGAUUUGUUCGACGCGGGCUUGUCGGCAUGGCCAGCAAUGGUCCAAACACGAAUGGCAGCCAGUUCUUUUUCACGUUGGAUAGAGCAGAUGAGUUAAAUAAACGACACACUUUGUUUGGAAAGGUGGCUGGCAACACUGUGUUCAAUAUGCUGAGAUUGGCAGAGAAGGAAAUAGGCCCUGGUGAUAGACCACUAGACCCACCUAAAAUCAUUAAAACCGAAGUCUUAUCGAAUCCCUUUGAUGACAUUGUGCCUCGUGAAAUCAGACACAGCAAGGUUGAGACACAAGAGAAGCCUGAGAAACACAGCAAAUCCAAAGCUACCAAGAACUUCAGUUUGCUGUCUUUUGGUGAUGAAGCAGAAGAAGAUGAAGAACAAGUUAACAACAUUGCCACUAAAAUCAAGUCAAGUCAUGACGUAUUGACAAAUGAUCCUAAACUAAGUUCCAAACCAGCUGUAGAUGACUCUGAGCUGGAGAAUGAAGCUAAGCAGAGACUAGACUUUCCAAAUAUUGGGGAACGCAAACGGAGGAACCAUCUUGAUGACGAUGAAGAUGAUUACGAUAAACUAGAAUUAGAGAGAAAAGCGAAGAGAGAGGCAUUACAAAGAGAGUCAAGAGAAUUAAAACGUCAGUUGAGAGAAGCAAAGCAGCGUAAAGAAGAAGAGAAGACAAGCCAGCCAGAAACAGUUGAGGAGGUGGGACCCUUGGCAGAUUUCAGGCGAGAAAGAGACAAGUACCUGUCUGAGAAGAAGGCAUUCUCCAAAGGAAGCAAUAGACAAGAGGAAACUCUAGCCAUGUUGUCGGCUUUCCAAGCUCGAUUGAGUUCAGUGCGUUCGUCUCGACCGACAACCACAGGUGAUCAUGAGAAUGAGGAUGACAGUGACGUAGGAUGGAUGACACACACUCUCGUGGCCACCACGAAGACCCCUGUUAGUGCCAAAGAUGCCAACAUUGAGAACGAAGACACUUACGACAUCUAUGAUCCCAGAAAUCCAAUCAACAAACGAAGAAGACAGAAAGAUAAGACUAAAUAAUACCAUGUAGAGUCUCUUCACCCAACACUACCUACUGUUGAUACACUCGAUCGCUGUAGAACAUAAUUUAUAAUAUAGUAAAGAGACAUGCACACUCACACAGAAUUUGGUUAACAUCUUGCCCAAUGAUUCUCUAACCUCUAUCUGUAGUGAGCGUAGAGAGAUCGAGACUUGCGUUUGCCUGCUAACUGAUGCAGAAAGCGGCCGUUUUUACUGUAUUCGA